AUUUGGAAGUAAGUGUGGGAUAAGGAAGGAGAGGGGGAGAUAAGGAGGUAGAGAGGCACCUAAGGAGGGAUGGUGUGAUGGAGGGACGCGAGGAUGGGAGUGUGAUAGGUAUAUGGAUGUAGUAAGUGGGAAAAGAGGGAGAGAGGGGAAAAGAAGAGUGAGGGGGGAGAAUGAGAGUGAGUGAGGGUGCCAUUUUAUUUUAGAAGGAAUUAAACAAGUAUUCUGAAAUUUUUAUUUGUGUAAUUUACUAUGUGAUCCUCUUAACAAAAGUUAUUUUAGUAUCACAAAACCAAAAUGAAUUUAAACAAUUCAAUUAAUUACCAACCAAACUAUUCUUUGGUUCCGCAAUUUUUAAAAGAGAGAAGAAUGGAUGAUAAAAGAAUUGUACAAUUCAGAGAUUUUGGAUUAGGAAAUAUAUCUGUUGAUAGCUUUGUUUUUGGAAUUUCCCGUGGGGGAGAUUUGAAUUGGCUUGAAAGAGCAUUAUUUGUUGAUAAAAUAAGAAAUAUUGUGGAUCAAUUUCCGAAAUUUAAUGUUACGGUCUUUGAUUAUGAUUCGACUAUUUAUGAUUUAAUUUUGGGAGUUAAGACCGAAAUGCUCAAAGCAGUUUUUGUAACUUUAACGUGUAUGGCUUUAAUCUGUUUUUUCGUCAUCCCAACAUUACGAUGUACAGGAAUUGCUACUUUUUCCGUUCUUUCAAUUUCUUAUACAUUGUUGGGCACACUCGGUUGGUGCGGUCAAGACAUAGACCCAGUUACAAUGAUCAAUUUAUUGAUGGCUAUCGGUCUUUCUGUUGAUUUCUCAGCACACAUUUGUUAUCAUUUUGAUAUUUCGCAAGAAAAACAAAAAGAAAUUCAAACAGAGUCUCCAAUAAACAAUAUUAAAAUUUUUGAACAAAAAGAAAUUGAAAAAAGGAUAGAACAAAUAAUUGAAGUUGUUGGUAGGCCUAUGCUUGAGGCUGUUAUCUCAACAAUAAUUUGUAUUUUCCCUCUUUUCUUUAUCUCAAUUGAAAUUAUUGCUUCGUUUGCUAGAACUGUUUUGUUUUUAGGGUAAUUCAGUUUUAUAUAAAGGGAUCUCGAACAAAAAUCUCAAUUAUAGCGAUUGACCAUUUACCGAUACUUAUAAGGGGGCAACCUGAAGACCUACAAAUUUUAUCACACUAUUUAUUCCUUUUAUUUCUU